AGAUGGUCGGGGUUGUGUACAUCUAUGGUAUUGAUAGGUUCAACGAUGAUAUUGAGUUCAUGAUCGGCCACAAGCCCAACCUCUUCUGGCAGAUCACAUGGAGAUUUGUCAGCCCCGCCAUCAUGUUUGUCAUCUUUGUGUUCUACUUUAUCACUAAAGUCCAAGAAACACCCAUGUACAAAGCCUGGAAUCCUGAAUCGGAAAACUUCCCUACAUUGGAGGAGAAGGAAUAUCCAACCUGGAUCUUUGCUAUAAUCUUCAUCCUGGCAGGAAUCCCGGUCUUUCUGUACCUCUUACGGCUAUUUACAAAUGUUUGAGGAACCGCUGCUGCAAGAAGGAUAAUGAGUUUAAACAAGACGACUUAAACACUAUUGCCAAGCAAGUUCACCUGAUGGAUGAGGCUACCAAGAACAAACCAGACAUCCCAGAGACAGCAGAUGGAAGAUAGUGAUCAAAUCACUAGCCCAUUGUUGUUUUCAUGACAGGCCUCCAUUUAUUUCCUUCAUGCCACUGAUAGCUGAAAGGAAUAGAUACGUUUGAUAGUUUUACAAGGUUGUAUGGAUGAGGUAUGACAGAAAAAGCCAUUAAAGCUUACAUUGAUUGACACAUUGUCAUUUUUGUGCUGAAAAGUCAACAUUAAACUAAAUUAUAUCCUU